AUGAAACCGGAGGAGGAUGCGAAACGAGCUUUGACGGAGGUGGAUUCUGACUCGUCCGUCUCAAAAAAAACGAAGAUCGAAGACCAAGACGAGACAAGCAUGGAAGAAGAAGAAGAAAGCGAGAGUGAUAACGAAGGGUUAUGGAGUGUGGACGGUGAUGACGGGGCGAGUUCUCCGACGAUUAACUAUUUAAACUUUCAAGAUCCGGAACCGGAGUGGGAUAAGGACAGUUACGAUGGCUACGAAUUGGAAUUCGAUCAUGAUGGUCGUGAAUGUUUCUCCAGCGACAAGGCCUACGCAGAGUUCCGCGAGUUUAAAACCAAAGCCUUUCAGAAUAGGGGGUUUUUAGAAGAUCCAUAUAGAUCUAUCUUCCCCAUUAGGGAUCUGGACGAUCUCUGGACAACCACGACUAAGAGGGAAUAUUUGACAAAUAUUGCUUCUGUGUGUGUUAAGAAACUCAACGAGCAGGAUACUUCCAAGUGUGUAGAAGUUGUAAGCAUUGUGAGAGGCAAUCUUAAACCAGGAGGUGGGUGGAAGCUUUACAUCACAUUUAUGGCUCGAGAGUAUCCCGAUGGUCCUCUGGUGGAGUAUCAAGCCAAGGCUAUGGAUUUUGCAGGACACAAAAAACCUGUCUUUCCCAUUCUCUGCAGACCUGCCUCUAGCAUGCCCUAA